AUGGACACCAUACAUUAUCAGAUCUCUCCUGUGGUGGAAAAUAUACACCUAGAUAAUGAAACAAUCACCGACAUAACCACGUACCAAAAUAACCUAUACGUUGGAACGACUAACGGCCACCUACUCCAUUUCCACCGAUUUGACGACACACAAGAGUAUAUCCCCCUAUCCACUAUCGAUGUCGGAACUCAGUCCAUAUCCAAAAUAUUGUGCAUCGAGUCCAUACAGAGACUACUAGUCAUAUCGAACCGCAUAGUCCAAUCCUAUAUCUUGCCAGAACUUUCUCCAUGUCGCAUGAAAAAGAUGAAAGACGUAACCGACCUCUAUCUUUUGGACAACCGAGUGCUCGUCUUGUCACCAACAAAAAUCAGAAUCAUCUCCAUACACGCAGAUACCAUUACAUUACUUAAAGAGAUAUCUUACCAAGGAGGAGUGGCGUGCCGAUCAUGCAAGGAUAGCAAUUUUGUUGUUGUGGCAAACCACGAGAGUUAUGAUAUUAUAGAUAUAGACAAUAAUAGAAAAGUCCCCUUAUUCAACUACAUAUCAGAGUCUAAAGUCCACCCAUGGAUAAUACCAUUUGACGGCGAGUACUUGUUGACAGUUCUGUCGGACGCCAACACGUCAAUGGCAAUGUUUAUAAACAACGCGGGAGAUGUCACACGAGGAACCUUGACGUGGAUAGACAAGGGGUACCCAGAAAACUCCAUCGCCAUAGAGGAAGACUAUGUUUUUGCAUUGUUUAAAAAUUGCAUGGUUGUUUCGUCGUUAGCUACACUUGAGACAGUUACAGAAACGGAAAACCCAGGGUACACCAUCACCAAAGUGCCGCUGGCAUUUGUUAUCGACAGGCGCUUGGCAAAUAUAAUAGACACACUGUCACAUGUCACCAGUCUAAUUUUGACCGAUGGGAAACAAAUACUCGGCUUACACAGAAUACACAAGCUAGUGGAAAUACACCAAAAGUUUAUUCAAGACAACCUAGAAUUGGAAUUAGCACCAGAAAAUUUUACGGGCAAGGACAGCCAGUAUAUCACCUACCUAGCAUUAUUCCAAGCCGUGGCUACCAAAAAUGAGGACAAAUUUUGGGAGAUUGUCGAACUUAAGACAGAUAGCGAGCUAGUUUCGUUUGUAUUCUAUAUAUUGGGCGGAGGCGAAAAGCAUACCCCAUUCCCAGGCCUAAGCGAGGUAUGCCAACACUACGGGGUAUUCAAAAACGAUCAGCUACUCAAAAAAUACAUUCUGGGUUUGUCCCACCAGUAUCUAUCAGCUACCCUCAUACUAUACUACUACCAACACUGUACAGAUGAAGAAGCAUUGACGUUUACUCGAAGAACCACUUUCGAUAAUACUCAACCCAUUGUUGAUUUGCUCAUCCUGCAAAAUCGUAUACAAUGUGCGUCUGAAGUGUAUAAAAAACUUGCCGUGCCAAUUGAGUACAACACAUUCAUCAAUAACCAUUUACUGGACUCCUUGAUAGACGACGCAAUUGACCUUCUUUUAUCAGGAAAACUUGACGAAAACGAAUACUCAAAAACAUUGGUUAGUGUGUUAAAGUUUGAUAAACAAAAAGGUAUUGGCGUCCUAAAAAACGCGCCCCCAAAAUACCACAGCAUCAACCAAACUGUAAUGAAAGACCUUUCAGGUACAACAAACGAUGAAAAAGGGUACUUGCUUCUCCGCAUCGAGUUGAUGGAAAUAACACACAAAGAAAAUCCUACAGACGAAUUGCUACAACUUAUCACACAAGCACUACACUUGUUGUACGACACCAUCAAGGACCAAUUCACCCAUCUACACCAAGAAUUCAAAAGUACCACUUCGUUGGAAAAAGAAAAAUGGCCAAAAAUAUCCUGGCUAGCAUUUCUUGAUAUGACUCCCAAAUCCAAAGAGUUGCUGACAUUUGCUGAGCUCUACUUAAAGUCGUUUGAAUUGGCACGUAAAGUACCCGAUGGUCCCAUCUUUGACUACCACAGAAUGUUUAGCAACUGCGACAUCGACUCAUUGUUAGAGUUUGGUGAUUACUCAACUGCUGAAUCAUUAGCAGCAGGUGAAACUCCCUUACCAAAGAAAACUUUUUAUGGUGCCACACAUUUUACCCCACAACCAAGCACCACUGAGCUCGUACACAUCCUCGACUUUUACGUAACACAGUAUGCAUCUGGAUUACUGGCGGAGCCUGCAAUUAAACAUUUUGCUGAGACAUACUACCAUAAAAUCACACCGUGGCAGCUUCUCCAGCCAAUUCCGUCACAUUUCCCACUUGCAUAUUUAGUCGGUUAUUUCCAUUUAGUCAUGGCCAAUCAAACCCAACAAUACAGAGACGUUUUGAUUAGAAAGUCUAUAUCCAGAGCAGAAAGUCUACGUACAAGAAAACUUUUAGAUGUAUCCAAGUAG